AUGUCUUCUAAUUACCCCAACUUCCGAAGCAGCGUGCCGUGGCUAAUCUUUUUUCUGGAAGUCGUUUUCAUCGUCCUCUUUCAGUUUUUGUUCACAGGUGAUGGGGUGUCCAGAUCAAGCAUCUCCUACCCAGCUUUUCAAGAUGUCAGCCACAUGGUGAUUUUUGGAUUUGGCUUUUUCCUGACGUUUCUGAAAAGAUACGGGUUUAGCAGCACUGGAUUCAACCUCCUGAUCGUUGCACUUGGUGUCCAGUGCUCCGUGCUGAUAGAUUUGUUAGUUUUCUUUCAUCAAAGGCAAGACGAAGAUGAUCUGAAAAGAAUAACAAAGGCUUCUGUGAGUAUGACUGCUGUGGUCAUCUCCACUGGAGCUGUUCUGGGGAAAGCUAAUCCUCUGCAGCUAAUUCUGAUGACAGUUGUGGAGAUAAUAGUUUUCCACACGAGCAGAUGGAUCAACAAAACGUUCCUGGAGGUUCCAGACAAUAUCAGCAUGAUGUAUGUUCCCCUGUUUGGAGCCUACUUUGGUGUGGCAGCUGCCUCACGUUUCUCUGAGCCACCACCAAGGUCUGAGAAGAAUGCGAGUACCCCGCAGUCGGAUUUACUGUCAAUGUUGGGUACUCUCUUUCUCUGGGUAUUCUGGCCGAGCUUCAAUUCUGUGCUAGCUGUGAACGACAAGAGCAAAGCAAUCUUCAACACCUACUUUGCCAUUGCAGCGAGUGCUGUAACUGCCUUCGUGUUGUCUGCUCUGAUCACAGAGGAUGGAAAAUUCAGAAUGGCUCAUAUCCGCAGUGCAGUACUAGCUGGCGGGGUAGCUGUCGGUUACGCAGCACACAGUAUCGAGUAUCCUUGGAUUGCAAUGGUUUUGGGUCUGCUUGCUGCUGUGGUAACCAUAUUAGGAUCUUGCUGUGUACAGAGAUGCUUGAAUGCUACCUUCAAGAUUCGUGAUACCGCUGGAACUCAUUUCACUUUUGGCUUGCCUGGUGUGCUUGGAGCUCUUGCCCAGGUCGUUCUUUUAGUAAUGAAAAACUGGACUGAUUUACCAAGACUGAGUUAUUUGGUCAUAAUUGAAGUUGGUACCUUCUGCCUGACCAUCAGUGUUGCCUUGAUAACAGGUUUUAUUACAGGUUUAAUCUUAAACCUUAAACUGUUUAAGACCAUCCCUGUAUCAAAGCACUUUGAUGACCAGUUUUGUUGGGAGUUUCCCCGUUUGGCUGUUGGCUUUUGA